UAGGGGAGAAGCUCCAGGUAGUGAGAAAACACCCCGUGUAUCUGCUUGUAGCCAGAGGUAAGAGAUUUGGGUUGGGACUAGUGAUGCGAAACGAACCUGUAGGGCAGGGGAAUGGGAUUUCUCAUCAUGCCAGUUCAAUUUCCAAACUGCAGUCACUCUAGGUUUCCUCUCAGGAGAAUUUUUCUCUGUGUGUGGUGUUCAGUUUUGACAAACAGUAGGUUUGUUGGAGCUGCAUUUUGACUGAAAUACUUGGAGUAGCUCUGGAAAGUGCGUAUGUUACUUAAUCGGACUGAAAAAGUAGGAUGCUUUCAUUGUGUAGAUAGGAGCCCUGUGAUGGGGCUGUUUGAUGCAAGCCAGCAAUGUAAUUUAAAAUUUUGAAAUGUUAAAGGAAAAAUUAUUUUGCAAAUUACCUCCCUUACCCACGUAUUACAUUCCUAAAGCUUGGAAUAUCUCAACAUUUUCAAAAUAGCUUUAGCUUAAGUGGAAGUAUCAUCAAGAAACACAGGGUUCCUGAAGAAGUUUUAGUUUCAGUGAAAUAAUAUUGUCUAAUCUUAACCCAUUCUGCUGGUUUAACUCAAAACAAGAGGUAUGUUGGGAAGGAGCACAGGGGUCUCUCUAGCUCUGUCCCUGAUGUGGGCAUCUGUGCCAGUGUGAAUUUAAAUCAUGGUCUCAGGGUUGUGGUUAAUCAGGACUGUAAGCGAAAACAAACAAAUCAACUGGCACCACAGGAAGGUGCUUUUCUGCUUGAUUUGUCUGAGGUUAUUUUCCUUUAUUUAUUUAUCCAUGCAACCUGCAUGAGCCCUGGAGCUAAGCAAAGCACAGGACGUACAUGACUGCAAGACCUCAUGGCUGCCUGCUCUCCUGCCUUAGCUCUCCUGGUGCAAUGGAGGACACGUCAAGCCAGAAGUCAGGACAGAGCAGAGAUGUACUGAGCUCCAUAGCACUAGAAGAGAGUCCUGCCGAUUUUAUACGUGUCAAAUUGGAGGAGUAUGAGCCUGCAGACUUCAGCACCAAGGAUCUCAUCCUAAAGAAAGCAAGAGAGGUCUGCACAUGCAGUCAUCAAGCCAUCAUCACCUUCUUCUGUCAGCUGUUCCCAGUGCUGGACUGGCUUCCCCGUUACAAUGUCAAGACACAGUUGCUUGGGGAUGUCAUAUCUGGGCUCCUGGUGGGGAUAGUUGCCAUCCCUCAGUCCAUCUCUUACUCUCUCUUAGCUAGCCAGGAUCCCAUCUAUGGAAUCUACACCAACUUCUUCUGCAACAUCAUCUAUGUCGUGAUGGCCACGUCACGCCAUAACUGCGUGGGCUCCUUCGGCGUCCUGUGCCUGAUGAUUGGGCAGUCUGUGAACCGGCACCUCCAGCUAGCAGGGUACAGCGACGACAACACUGGCUCUUCGCUGGUGGGCAACUCCACCUCCUUCAGUAACGGGACAGGUGCCUGUGACAGGAGCUGCUACGCGAUCACUGUGGCCCUUUCUUUGAGCUUUCUGGUUGGUCUUUACCAGAUCCUGCUGGGGGUUUUACAGCUGGGCUUUGUGGCUGUCUACCUGUCAGAACCUCUCCUCAGUGGCUUUGUGACCGGCUCCAGCCUCACCAUUAUCACCUCCCAGAUGAAGUAUCUCCUGGGACUGAAAAUACCUCGUCACGAAGGGGUGGGGUCCUUCAUCCUGACGUGGGUUGACCUUUUCAGAUACAUCAGGAACACCAACAUCUGUGACCUGGUCACCAGCCUGGUUGCUUUGGCUGUCAUAGUGCCUGUCAAAGAGAUCAAUGACCGGUACAAGGAGAAGAUGAAGGCCCCGUUCCCCAUAGAGCUGCUGGUGGUCAUUGUAGCCACAGUAAUAUCUUACUACUGUAGUUUCGAAAAGCGAUACAAGUCUGCUGUUUGUGGGGAUAUCCCCACUGGUUUCAGGAAACCCACUCUGCCAGAUGUAAACCUGUUUUCCAGCCUGGCAGUUGAUGCUCUGCCCAUUGCUGUUAUUGGCUUUGCCAUGACCGUCUCCCUGGCAGAAAUCUUUGGCAAAAAGCAUGGCUACGCUGUCCGUGCCAACCAAGAGAUGAUUGCCAUUGGCAUGUGCAACCUGAUCCCUUCUUUCUUCUACUGCUUUGCCAGCUCUGCAGCCCUGACCAAGACUCUGCUGAAGGAGUCCACGGGGACCCAGACCCAGGUCUCUGGCCUGGUCACCUCCCUGGUGCUGCUGCUAGUGCUGCUGUGGAUUGCCCCACUCUUCUACUCGCUGCAGACCUCCAUCCUGGGGGUGGUCACCAUUGUCAACCUGCGAGGAGGCCUGAGGAAGUUCUGUGACACCCCCCGCAUGUGGCAGCUCAGCAAGCUGGACACAGUGGUGUGGUGGACAACCAUGCUGUCCUCCACGCUGAUAACCACAGAGAUUGGGCUCCUCGUGGGCGUCUGCUUCGCUCUGCUCUGCAUCAUUUUCCGCACACAGAGACCCAGGGCCACACUCCUGGGCAAGGUCAGCAACACAGAAAUCUAUGAGGACCAGUCCACUUACAAGCAGCUCAGCAGUAUUGCCAACGUCAAAAUCUUCCGCUUUGAGUCAUCCCUCUACUAUGCCAACAAGGACUAUUUCAAGACUGUUCUCUACCAGAAAACUGGGGUAAAUCCCAUCCUGCUGGCUGCUAAGCACCAAAGGGUGGAGGCCAAGGCAAAUGCAGACACAAGCAACAGCAAGAGCUUUUUUGGCACUGGGUUUGACUGCCUGAAACCUGCCAAGAAAAGAGUGGAGAAGCCUCCAGCAGAUGCCUGUCCUCCCUCCAUAGAUAUGCACACCUUAAUUCUUGACUGUGGUGCAAUGCAGUUCAUAGAUACUGUGGGUCUCUCUGCGCUAAAGGAGACACGUCAUGACUACAAGGAGAUUGGUGUCCAGGUGCUCCUGGCCAACUGCAACCCUUCCAUCCGCCACCGGCUCCAGGAGGGGGGCUGGGCUGGAAAGACAGACAGUGGUGGUCAGCUGGCUUUCCACAGCGUCCACGAUGCAGUGCAGUUUGCUGAACGGUGGUACCAUGUGCAGCAGGAGAACAAGGAGAAAAAGCAUGCUCACCUGGACCCCGAAGACCUGAACUUCCAGGUGUCUUUGUAGACUUGUGUGUGAGGCAUGAUUUCUGAAAGGGAUGGGCUUGGUAUGUGCUUGAGAGCAGUUUUAAUCUUUGUGCAGUCAGAGCAUGCAAAAAAUACUUUGAUGAACUGUCAGCAGCAGGCAUGGGGCAAAAGGAUUGGGGAAGGUGCGGAUUUCAGGAGAGAUUGCCAACAGGUAAACAAUCCGAGAGGCAUUUCAAGGUCUGUCGUUCGGUAAAGAGCCCGGACAGCUUCUAACCCUUCUCCGUUUUGGGAAGGGCUGUGACGGCAAAAGGUGCCGUGCCGGGAGAUGGGACGCCAGGCUUCCACCAGCAGCUGCCAUCGAAGCGCCUCCCUCCAGUGCCUCUCCCGAGGCUGCCGCCGCUUUCCACACGGAACACCCCACGGACCGGAGCACCCCGCCAGCGCCGGCCCGGCCCCCCCCCGCCCCCCUCCGCUCCCGCAAGGACGCGUGUCUCGCGUGGGCACUGGGGGGCACGAGUGAGCCGCGCUGCGCUGCGCUGCCCGAGCCGGCGCGUCCCGCCCCGGGGCCGCUUGCUGCGCCAUCCCCGCGGGAGCGGUCCCCUGCGCCAGGGCGCUGGGCAGCGGCCGCGCCGCCUCUGCCGGGUAAGGCUGCACACCGGUGGGAGGGAGCAGGGGGAUUCCGGCCGCUGGGCCAGACCCCUCUGCUUUCAAUCGGGGGAGAGGCCGAAGCGCUGCAUCCCGGCCCCCAGCCCCGGGACUGGGUCGGAAGGUGCCGCCGGCUGGUUGGGGCACCCUUUGCUGAGGCUUGGGGAGCCUCUGGGAGCUUGCCCUCAGUCAGGAGAUCACUUGACUGCCAGGUGAGCUGGAGGACUGCAGCAAAGGAGAUGGGAGCUGUGGGCAAGGUCUGCCGUCUGCUCCUCCGAGGAGCCCUGUGAUUUUUCCCACCUCCGAGGCCAGGCGUGAAGGUCAGCAGCUCCCCUGUGCUGUGCAGCUCAAGGUGUGCACCCCCAGACAGGAAAGGGGCUGCAGCCGGCUCAGACCCACCAGAAAGGUUCACAAAUGCAACAGGAGCUUGUUACAUGGAGUUUCCUUGUGUGUGCAACUCUAGUGUCCACAUACUGGCCCAAUGCAGAAUAACUAGGGAAACAGAGGAUGCCAGCACCCUAUCCUGUGGCCCAGUCUCUUGAAAAUUGCACAGCACGAGGCAUCUUUGGGUGCCAGACUGCAAAGCCACUCACCUGCCUCCCAAGAUGUGCGGCAGCAGGGGCUAUGGCCUCAUUGCACUGGCGGCGAGAACUGCCACUCCCACUCGCUCCUUCACUUAUUAAUGUAUAUUCGUCUUUUGCCACCUUUAUUUUGGACUGCCCUUCUCUCCCCCACAGCCACUCUGAGUCAAUGUGGGAAAUGAAUUGCAGAGGCUCAUUUAUUUUCCAAACACCCUGUGGCAUGGAGUUUAACAGCCCCUUAGCGACCACAAAACAGCAACAAACCCAGCAACAGCAAAGCGCUUCCCUUCAAAACAAACAAACAAGCUUCAGAAAACUGCUGGGAGUUUGUUCAGCUGAUAGUUCUCACUCAGGCCCUGCCUGUGGCUCAGGACAGGCUGCUGCAGGGGAGGAGAGGUGCUUUCCCCUGCUGUGAUUUACAGACUGGGAUUCUUGUGACUUCUGUGGAUGAAAUUAAAGAUUUCCUCCCCAAAAAGGUAUCUGAGAUUAACCAGAUGCUCUUCAUAAACUGUAAAUCAGGAACACCUGUGCUGCAGUUUGCAAUGGCCACAGUUCCCCCAGUGUUUGGCAGAAUCUGUGCUACCUUCCACAUGUGCAGCUGGAUCCUGGCUGCAGCUGGAAACACGGUGCUGCCACUCGUAGCAGUGGGACAGGGCUGCCUUGUGCUUGCGGUACUGCCGAAGGCGUGCAGCCGGAGGGGCUUCAGCUCCGAGGUGGACAUGGGACCUGUCCUUUCUGCUGGGCCGGGACAGACAGCAUCCUGCUAGCUCUGCUUCUGCAUCCCAGGGGUGAGUCCUUGCUCUGAGCUAUGAGGCUCCACAGUGUUGCCAAGUACCAGAAUAGCUUCUCUUCUGUGAACUCCAUCUGUAAAAACACCUUCUAUGUUGCAUAUUUAAUAUGUGACUAUUCCCCUGGCCUCAUCUAAGAAAUGCGGCACCAAAGAUAUCCCGCCGAAGGGAACUCUAGCUUUGGCAGCCACUCCGGAGCCCAGGGACAGGAGGCUGUUGUAAAUAAAGUGCAUGGAAAAGGAAACCUGCUGGCUCUGCUCAGGAAAAUGUCUUCUUGUGGUCAAAAGAUUAUUUCAAGUGGAUUAAAGAGCAUAGUAUGCCCUGCUGUUUGCAGGUCCUUGGAGCAAGAUUGUAAGUGUCAGGGGAAGCUAAAUUGACCGAGGAGGCCAGUGCGAGCCUUGCAGGGCUGGACGGACAGAUGUGCUUGGCGUGCCCUGGGCACGGGCACGGGCACGAGCCAGGUGCAGCUCUCGGGAGUUGAAGCACCUCUCUCCAAGGGUCCUCGCAGGCCAUCACAGCAUGAGGCAACUCCCUAGGGAGGUUGCAUCAGCCAUGGAGCAAUGAGUAAUGGGGCAGUUUUUGUGUCUGAACAGAAGAGAAUUAGCAGGUCAGUGGAGAAGAAAAGCCUUGUUACCUGCAAGCAUUAUGACCUGCCUUCCCCUUUGGAAUAGCAUUGCCAUAAUUUUCUUUGUAAGACCGUUUAUGGGGAAAAUUAAAUUGUUUUAGUUAGACUUUAGAUGCAUUUAUGAUCUCAGCGGGGUCAUAAAGCUACAGCAAAAAUAAAAGCAGUGCUGAUAAUACCUGGGCACAGCCUGGUGCAAGAUAGCCCAGAUGAGAUUACUGUCAGCGCGGUGGUUCCUGCAGCCCUUUGCAAUGGGAAAUGGCUGUUAAUGUGAGCGGUUUCUGCUCAGAGCUGUGAAAAUGCAAAGAGAUACCCAGCAGGUUUUUUAGGAUGCCUUCCAUUGGAAAGAUGAACUGAGGUGACAACCUCUUUCCUGCUCCUCCCCAGCCCAGAGCAGCUGGGAUCUUGUUGGCAGUCCCUGCACAGGCUGCUUGCCCAGAUCUCCCAGCCCGUCGGCUCCAGCAUCACCUUCAAGCCCACAAGUCAAAUGUCCCAGUGAAUCAGCGUUCCUCUGUUCCCCACAGAUCACCAAGGUAGCUCAAGAAUAAUAUUUUUAUAUCAGUUCCUAUGAAGAGGCCCUGGGUUGUAAACGACAGGAGGAGAUGAGGAAGGACAAAUGACAGAGUCCAAGGUCAGCUUAUAAUCAGGGUCAUGGGAGAUCAGGCUGGCUUCUCACCGCCUGCAUCUCCUGGUGGAGGCGGAUGUGAGCAGGAAGGGACCACAACUGCGGACCAAUUCCUGGUGAUGAAAGGCUCCUGGUGAGGACACAGGGCACUUGUCUGCCCCAGCACCCGACUGCAACAACCCAAGUUCCCCCCUUUUUGCCAAAGGGCCUCAACAUCUCAGCUGGGGUCUGACCCACCGCAUCUCCCACCCAAGAGGACCUGCUGCUGUGUCCUGCUGCCAAGAGGCUGCGCCCCAGGGCAUCUCGCAUGCCUUUCCCCUAAAGCUUCACCAGGGGCCAAGGAAAUGCCAUGCAUCUUAAAGCAAAUGUUACCCUCCUGGUAAGCAGCUCACCUGUUAUUCUCCUUCUCUCUCUCCCCCCUGCCUUGCUAUGGAUCUAUAAAUACUCCAGGAGUGUGAUAAAUAGAGGAUUGCUGCUAAGGCUUUGUCAGCUGCAGUUGGAGCUGACUGUGCAACUGUUAAUUAUGCCUCAGCAGCAGCUGGACAGGUUUAAAUCCUUUUGAUGCUUUGAAAUGCUCCCUCUGGGGAAG